AUGCCGGUCGUGCCCGUGUGCCCAGGCCACGGUGCCUCUGACGUCGGCUGCUCGGGCUGCCACGGCCGUGCCAUGUGGUGGCAGGGCUUCGACCUGGUGCGGUUCCAGUCAGCAGCAGCAGACCUUCCGCACGGCCAGCAGCACCCAGAACGACGCCCGGGCUGCGGGCGCGCGUCCAAGGCGAGGCCGCAGGAGGCGAGCUUUGGCGCCGAGAAGCGCUCCAGACCUCUGUCGGCCCCCGCGCUCUUGCGGGGCGAAGGGCACCUGAGCAGGUACCACACCGCCGUGAACGGCGCGGACGCCAUGGGCCAGAAGCGGCAGGCCAUCGAGGAGCUGGCGGUGGACUUGUCGAAGCUCGCCCUCCGACAGGAAGCCCUCGAGUUCAGGCGGCAGCUACGGCAGUCGGUCGCGGCAGACCCCUGCCACCAGGACCUGCACGUGCUCCACAAUGGCGCCGCGCGCGCGCGAACGGUCGCGUCGCGGCCGCAGAGCGCCUCGGCCGUGGGGAGCCCCCCUCGGAGAGUCACCUCGCCGCGGCCGCAGAGCGCCUCGGCCGUGGGGAGCCCCCCUCGGAGAGCCACCGCGCCGCGGCCGCAGAGCACCUCGGCCGUGGGGAGCCCCCCUCGGAGAGCCACCGCGCCGCGGCCGCAGAGCGCCUCGGCCUCUGGCGGCCCCCCCCGGAGAGCUAACGCUCUGCGGCCGCAGAGCGCCUCGGCCGCUGGCAGCCCCCCUCGGACAGCCACCGCGCCGCCGCCGCAGAGCGCCGGCCCGGCCGCGGCGGCCGGGGAGGCGGGCGCCGCGCCGCCGCCGCAGAGCGGCGCCUCCGCCGCGGCGGCAGCGCUGAGAGCCGCCGCGCUGCGGCCGCAGAGUGCUCCGACCGCGCCUGCCGACGCGGCGCCCGCGGGCCCCGGCCGCGCGGCGGCCGGCGGCCCCGCCGGCGGGGCCGCCCCGCCAGCCGGCAGCGCUGCUCCGCGGCGCCGCGGCGAGGGGCGCGGGCGCGCUGCGGGCGGCGAGAGCGGGGGCGCGCCGCGCGGGGCGUCGCCCGCGCGGCGCGAGGCGUGUGCGGACGGUCCCGGCGAGGCCUCGGGCGGCGGCCGAGGGGAUGCGGCGGUCCAGGGCGGCGGCCUCGGCCAGGGCAGGGGCACCAUCACCGCGGGCGGCAGCGCCUCCAAGGGGCCCGGCAGCGACGCCGACCAGCUCAAGCGCCUGCGCACCCUCCUCCACCACGACGUGGCGAGGCACUGCAAGCGCAUCGGCAUCGAGGUCGAGCUGCUGCAGGGCUCCACUGGCCUGGACAUUGCCAAGAAGAUGCGGAGUUUCACGAGGUUCAUCCAGCUGCAACGCAUGGGCCAGAUGCGACGUGACAGGAACGCGUCCAGCAGCGAGACUCCCGGGCUCACCGCUGGCAUGACGUCAGCGCUGAAAAGGCGCUUGGCCGUGGGGAGGCGGAAGUCGCAGGUGCCCGCCGAAGAUGCAGACAUCCCUGAUCAGGUGUCCGACAAGGACGCUCUCGUGAAGCUGGCAGCCUUCUUCGCUGGCCUCGACAUGCCUCUGCGGGACGCGCUGAGCCGCAUCGGCCGAAGGGGCGAGCACCACUUCAGGCUGCACGACUGGAAUUAUGGCCUGGCGCAGCUCGGCUUCACGGGCAAUGCUGCGCAGGCGUUCCGGCUGCUGGACGCUCGCGAGUGGAGAGUGCUGACCGUGGCGGAGGUGGAGGCGCAGCUGCUCCGGCUCGACAAGCGCUUGGCCGUCCCGGCCUUCGGGGAGCGCGCGUGCACCAUGCCAGGCCUGAUGUCCGUGGCCGGGCGCGGUGUGUGUGGCCUUCUGCGUGCGGACCCCGGCGCGCGCGCGGAGCAGAGCGUGGCGCGGAAGGCGGGCACGCAGCCCGGCCGAGGGGAGCGCGAGUCCCAUUUUCUCCAGUGCUCGGUCCAGGACGGGCUCAACGGUGCCCCUGAGCUGCGCACCAGGGGUCACCUCCUGGCCCAGGGCCACCUGCGCGCGAGCGAGGCGGCGGCGGGGGCGCUGGGCGCCUCCGCCUUGCUGCUGGGGUCGCUGGCCCUGGAGGUUGGCGCGGGCGCGGGCGUGCUGCUGCCCGUGGACGGCCCGGUGCACGAGCUGGUGGCCGGCGCGCUGUCGGCCCAGCAGCGCCAGGACGCCGCCUGGCUCUCGGACUCGCUGGACACGGGCGCGCAGGCGCUGGCCCUCGCCGCGGCGGCCGCGCUGGCCCUCCGCGGGCGCUCGGUGCCGGCCGUGGCGGCCGCGGCCUCCGCGCCUCUGGGCCUGCAGGGCGUCAGGGUGAUCUACCGGGCGCUCAAGGCGGGCGUGGGGCGCGCCAGGCCGUCCCCGAAGGCUGCUGCUCGACGGCUCCUUCCCCUCGGCGCACACGGCGCGCUUCGCCUUCUGCGCGGCGCUCCUCGCCUGCGUGCUCGGCCCGAGGCUCGCGGGCGGCGGCGGGGAGCGGGCGGAGCCGCCGUGGGCCCUGGUGGGGCUGGCCGCGUGGCUGGUGAUGGGUCCGCUGCGCGUCCUCGCGGACGCGCACUGGGUGACGACACCGCCGGGGGGGCCGCGCUGGGCGUGGCGGCCGCCGCGCUGGCCGAGCUGCUGCUGCUGGGGCUCGCCGGCGACUCGGCGGCGCGCGGGGAGGACGACUGA